AUGGACAUCAUUCGAGAUGCUGCGCAGGAUGUCACUCAGCGCAGUGUGUCGCAAGGCGCAAUUGCAGCAGUCCUCUUCGGCAUUGUUUUCCACCUAUCGAUUCGACCGUUUGAGUUUGAGCUGAUCAUGUUUCAUUUCAUGGUGGCUUCCACUCUGGCCUUUUUCGGGAUGUUCUACGUCUUUGGUUUAAUGAAAGCUUUGGUUUUUGCAACCGGUUUUAGCACCGGACUGCUCGCUAGCAUUACGUUGUACCGAUUGGCUUUUCACCGAUGUCGUAAAUUCCCAGGGCCGACCGCCGCUAAAAUCUCCAAGUUCUACGCAGCGAGACUCUCGGCGAAGAAUGUACAGUACUACAAGGAACUAGAAAAGAUGCACGAGCAGUACGGUGAUUUCGUGCGCACAGGUCCGCGAGAGAUCAGUGUUCUACGCAAGUCGGCUGUUCCGAUCCUCUAUGGACCUAAUUCGGAAUGCUCGAAGUCAACAUGGUAUGGUCAGACCGGGAACGAUCCAAAGAAGUGCUCGAUACAUAUGACACGCGACUUCAACGAUCAUCGGCUUCGCCGCCGUGCUUGGGAUCGUGGCUUUUCGAUCAAAGCGCUCGGCACAUACGAACCACGUAUCAAAGCGAAGGCAGACUUGUUCAAGAGCCAAUUGGCGGCAAAUGGGGGAAGCUCGAUGGAUAUGUCCGCCUGGUCAAUGUUCUUCAGCUUCGACGUCAUGGGCGAGGUCGGUUUCGGCAAAGACUUCAACAAUCUCAAAAGUGGCGUCGAACACGUUGCGAUUAAAGGAGUGCAUGCUCACAUGACUAUGCUGGGCAUCAUGAGCACAGUUCCGUGGCUGCUGAACGUCUUGAGUUCUAUCCCCGGAGCGGCGGCGGGCUAUUCCGAUUUCUUCUCUUUUUGCGCAGGCCAGAUCAGAGAGAAACACAAGACGUGGGACGGUGAAAAGUAUCCGCAAGAUGUUGUAUCCUGGCUACUCAAGGCUGUGAAAGAGAACGACGUUUCGGCCUCACCAAGCGCGGCAGCUCUGGAAGAUGAUUCGAGGGUAAUGAUCAUUGCCGGAAGUGAGACAACCGCUACUACCCUCGCCGGUGCUCUCUUCUACCUCGCUAAAUACCCUACGAAGCAAAAACGGCUUCAGCAAUUCCUAGAUCAAGCAAUGCCCGGUGGAUACAGCCAGUGGUCAUACGAGAAAGUCAAAUCAAUCUCUUAUCUGGAUGAUUUCCUCAGUGAGACACUGCGACUUCGCCCAGCGUUGUUGACUGGUGGAGCGCGCGAAACUCCUGCGAAGGGCAUUCAAGUGGACGAGACAUACAUUCCCGCCAACACGAACGUGGUGAUACCAGUGUCACUCAUUCAAAGAGACCCGCGAUGGUGGCAACAGGCUGAAGACUUCGUUCCGGAACGAUUCGGCGAAAAGAGGAUAGAGAUGGAGACCGACAAGGCUCCAUACUUACCAUUCUCUCUGGGCAAGUACCUCGAUGCGGCUGAUGUUCAUGUAUCGCAAUCAGCUGACAUCCAUACAGGCGCAUACAGCUGUCCCGGGAAGAAUCUGGCUCAGAUGAGCUUGCGUAUCUCGCUCUCGAUGAUCGCGCAGAAUUUCGACGUUGCGUUCGCACCCGGGGAGACUGGAGAGGCGUUUGAAAAAGAGGUGCUGGACACGUUCACCGUGACGCUUCCACCUCUUCAGUUACGAUUCACUCCACGGACAGGUGCUUGA